GCAGCCUGAUGGUUAUGAACAAUUUCGCCUACGCGUCCAAUUCUUCUCUGCACGGUGAUAAUCCGGAGACGUUUUCUGGAUUCCGACACGUUGGCAAGUCCCCAUUCACUAAAAUUGGUAGGGACUCGAUAACCUUUGGUCUAGGAAAACACGCAUGUCCGGGUAGAUGGUUAGCUAGUAGGAACAUUAAGAUGGCAAUGUCAAUACUUAUUAGAAAGUAUGAGAUUAGUACUCUUGACGGGAAACCGCCGAAGUAUCCUCUAAAACGCGGGCGUCGCAUGAUUGGUUCUCUGCCUCUAACUUUCAAAAAGAGGAACUAG